AUGGUGCCCACCGUUAUUACUAUUAACAGCACUGGGCUUAUCAGUGCGCCGGCGGAAAGGGCUGCUCUCAUUGUCGACGUCAUUGAUUCGGGGUAUGAUAAGGAUGAAGCAUCCACAAAUGUGGUCACCACAGUCAACAACCUCCAAGCUGAGAUUGACGAAUUAUGCCCGCGUCUAUCCAAUGGAGACAUAUCACCGGAAGCGCCCGUGAGCUUCUAUUCAAUCGCGUCCCUUUCUACCUCCAGCCGUGACGAGUUCGACAAAGACAACAAAAGAACAGGAAAACAGAUCCAAACCGUCUAUUCAAAACUAGACAUUCGCUUCCGCGACUUUGCCAAGCUGGGUGAGAUGGUCGUCCAUCUCUCAACAGUAAAGUUCGUGCAACUCAAGGGUGUCACGUGGAAAUUGACAGAUCAAAACCAAUCAAUCCUCGGCGAGGAAGCGAGGAUGAAAGCGCUUGUCCGAGCCAUGAAACGUGCAGAAGAAUAUGGUCGGGUUAUUGGGAGGAACAGCGUCACUGCUGUCAAGAUCGAGGAUUCGGAGGAGAGCUAUCCGAGACCAUGCACAAAGCAGACAGCUCGGAAGUCUGCCGCCUCGUGGGCAACUGGUAUUGGAGUUGGCAUUGAUUUUGAGCCUCAAACUAUCGAUGUCAGCGCUUCCCUUGUCGUUGAAUUCCACGCGGAGUAG